AGCGCCCAUGCGAAAUUGUGUUGGGAUGAAUUUAGCACAACGAUCCAACAUUACUCGUAGUUUAAGGAUUAUUUUUAAACGAAAUAAAUAUCUUAACAUACGGUACAUUGAGGACAGAUAUAUUUCUUCACAAGUUACCAAGAUAGAAGAACAAACAUCUGAGUGUAAAGUCACAAAUGAUGUUUGUAAAGAAAAUGACAUAUAUGGCAUUAAUGCAUUUUAUGAAUCACUUCAGCCUCGGGUAAAUCCAGAGGUGUCCCUCAAAACAGAACAGUUGGCAAUAAAAUACAACAUUCCCAAUAUUCUCCGUAAGAAAAAAUAUGACACAGUUCAAGUGCUGUAUGGAUUUGUUCGCUUAGAUCCAGGUGUUUCAAAUAAGUUUGUAACAAGCCAGUCUUCUGAUGAAAAUGAAUCAUACAACGUUAAAACAAAGCGACAAAGAAGAAAGGAGAAAAAUGUUAAUGCUUCAAAUACUGACAGCAUGCGAAUGGAUAUCAAUAUGGAUUCUCGUUCAAUAGUCCAAGAUGUUUCAACACAAGAUUUUCACUCAGCAGACAAUAAGGGUGAUAUCCUACAAAAUUUCUCAUUAAAUUUAAAAAAUCCUAGAUUACAGCCAACUAGACAAGACAUUACUGUGACAUCAAGAAGAGAAAACAGAGAUUAUGAAAUGGAACAUCAUACCAAAAUUAAAUCUAAAAGAAAAACUGCUAGUGAAGAGAAUAGAUUUUCUCAUGAUACUGAUCAAAAUUCCUUUAAUUCUUCUUUAAACCGAGAGAUGGACAAACAAACAAAGAUGUCUAACAACACAUCUUCCACAGUUGAGACACAAUAUUUUCCCUAUUUAUUAAAGCAGGAGUCUGAGGAGAGCACACUGGAAAACUCUGAUCUUAAAGCUAAGUCUGUGACUGAAGAGAGCCGUGAUAACUUUAUAGAUCAACAAUAUUUUGACACUGCACAUCAAUCAAAUAUUUCAGAUCACAGUCAUGACAGUGCAAACAAAAAAUCUGAAUCUUUUAGUGAAACUCAAAGUAACAUUAUAGAUCAGCAAUAUUUUGAUUAUGCACUGAAGCAUGAAAGUGCUAGAGAUGGCUUAAAUGAAAAUACCAACAUUAAACCAGAUAUAUUAUCUGAUCCUCAAUUUAGAGAAGAUGAACAAGAAAAUAAUAAGUUAUCGCCUGUUUCACUAGAAGAAAUUGAUUAUAACCAACUAAAUGAUCAUGAAACUUCAAUUGAAAGUCAAUAUUUCAAUAAUUUACAUACAACAGAAAAGACAAACAAUAAGAACCAGCCAGAAGUAGAAAAUAGAAACUCAAAUGAUAUAAAACAAAGUAAAAUUACUCUUGAUUUAACCACAGAACAUCAAAAGUCAUCUGCUUAUAAUCGUAAGCAAACCGUCUCUUCAAGAAAAGUGCAUGAGGAGAAAAGUCUCUCUACAGCUGAGGAAGCUGCCAGAAAAAUAAGAGAUGAGCUUGAAGAUAAAUCUAUAUUAUCUAAAGAACCAACAGAACCAACAGAACCAAUAAGAAAGAAGAUGAGGCAAAACAAAGAAAUGAUGGAACAGUUACACAAUAUGACCUCUACAGAGGUCGUUGGCAAGCUUUAUCAUAGUAUUGUGUAUGACAGAGAUGAUGUAAUAGCCAUCAGUAAACCCUAUGGAAUGCCUUGUGUUGACGGCCCUGGAGGUCAUUUGACUAUACAGAACUGUUUAGAAAAGUUAAAGAACCAUGUUGACCCAGAACUGAAGAAGCUCCACCUUAUAACACACCUAGACAGAGAUUCAACAGGGAUUAUCUUGUUAGCAAAAACAGAAAUGAUGGCCUACAGAUUAACAGAAGCUUAUAAGAAAAAUGAGGUGAUAAAGAAAUUCUUUGUUUUGACCAAAGGCAUCCCUCAGCCUGAAGAAGGUGUGAUAGACAUACCAGUGGCAGAGGGCAAGAUCGAUGGAAAAUAUAGGAUGGUUCUGAAACCAGAAGGAUUCAAUAGAUCUAAAGGAACAUUCAAAGCAGUAACUCAGUAUAAAGUAUUGGCAACAUCAGGCACAGCUGCUUUAGUAGAAUGUAUUCCCCUGACAAGUGUAAAACAUCAGAUUAGAGCUCACAUGUUCUUUGGACUGAACACACCCAUCCUAGGAGAUCACAAGUAUUCACAUAUAACCAAAAUGGCUCCUCAGAAGAUAUUUCCUGACAUGCUGACUCGUCUGAGGAUACGACAAGCUGAAGUGCGUUACCUACCAUUACAUUUACAUGCCAGGUCCUUAGUUAUUCCAGAAUUCAUGGAAGGCAGAAAUCUCAACGUCACAGCUUAUGUUCCAGACUUCUUUGUUAAUAACAUGAAAAGAUUGAAAUUAGAUUUCAAGAAACAUUUGUAAAGUUAUGAAAAAGAUUCUGAGAAACAGUGAUAAAUUUAUGAAAUAGA